AUGCUCUGCAUCAUUCGAUUGACGUGCCUCUUGUUAAGUGUUUGUCUAAGUGGGGCACAAUGGGUGUACCCAGCGAGAGCAUCCCCCACCAGGGCAGAAUAUCCUGCAAAAUGCCGGUACGAUUCUUGCAGUCUGGCACUGGAAGAUCUGAACAUUUUUCUCCGACUUCUGAAUGCGCAGAGUGACAAAGAAAACAUAAAAUCUGACAUUAAACCAAGUAGUGGUCUCAGCGACGAAAUUAUUAUGAAGCUGGUUAAUGCUUUAGUAUACAUGGCUACGCAGAACUGUAUUCAAAGUCGUAGAAGCCAUCCGAACGAAGGUUAUGCAGGUGUUAGUGGUGGUGGUGGAAUAGCUGCAGGUAUUGGUGGAGGAAUAGGUGCAAGUAUUGGUGGCGGAAUAGGUGCAAAUGUUGGUGGUGGAUUAGGUGGUGGUGGCAGUGGUGGAUCAGGUGGAAAUUUUGGUGGCGGUGGUGGGAUAGGUGCAGGUAUUGGCGGUGGAGUAGGUGCAAGCAUUGGCGGUGGAAUAGGGGGAGGCAUUGCUGGUGGUGGCAGUGGCGUAUUAGGUGGUGGUGGUGGUGGCGGAUCUGGUGCAACUGUUGGUGGCGGUGGUGGAAUAGGUGCAAGUAUUGGCGGUGGAAUAGGUGCAACUAUUGGUGGUGGAAUAGGGGGAGGCGUUGUUGGUGGUGGCAGUGGCGUAUUAGGUGGCGGUGGCAGUGGUGGUGGAUCAGGUGCAAGUGUUGGUGGCAGUGGUGGAAUAGGUGCAAGUAUUGGCGGUGGAAUAGGUGCAAGUAUUGGUGGUGGAAUAGGGGGAGGCAUUAUUGGUGGUGGCAGUGGCGGAUCAGGUGCAAGUAUUGGAGGCGGUGGUGGAAUAGCUGCAGGUGUUAGCGGUGGAAUAGGUGCAACUAUUGGUGGUGGAAUAGGGGGAGGAAUUAUUGGUGGCGGCAGUGGUGUAUUAGGUGGUGGUGGCAGUGCCGGAUCAGUUGGAAGUGUUGGAGGCGGUGGUGGAAUAGGUGCAACUAUUGGUGGUGGAAUAGGGGGAGGAAUUAUUGGUGGCGGCAGUGGCGUAUUAGGUGGUGGUGGCAGUGGCGGAUCAGGUGCAAGUAUAGGAGGCGGUGGUGGAAUAGCUGCAGGUGUUAGCGGUGGAAUAGGUGCAACUAUUGGUGGUGGAAUAGGGGGAGGAAUUAUUGGUGGCGGCAGUGGCGUAUUAGGUGGUGGUGGCAGUGGCGGAUCAGGUGCAAGUAUAGGAGGCGGUGGUGGAAUAGGUGCAGGUGUUAGCGGUGGAAUAGGUGCAACUAUUGGUGGUGGAAUAGGGGGAGGAAUUAUUGGUGGCGGCAGUGGCGUAUUAGGUGGUGGUGGCAGUGGCGGAUCAGGUGCAAGUAUAGGAGGCGGUGGUGGAAUAGGUGCAGGUGUUAGCGGUGGAAUAGGUGCAACUAUUGGUGGUGGAAUAGGGGGAGGAAUUAUUGGUGGCGGCAGUGGCGUAUUAGGUGGUGGUGGCAGUGGCGGAUCAGGUGGAAGUGUUGGUGGCGGUGGUGGAAUAGGUGCAGGUAUUGGCGGUGGAAUAGGUGCAAGUAUUGGCGGUGGAAUAGGUGCAGGUAUUGGUGGUGGAUUUGACGGUCGUUAUGGUGGUAGUUUGAGAGAGGGCCUAGCUGAUAUAUUAACUGAGGAACUCGAUGAUGACUCAGAAGAAGGGUUUGGUAGUGAAUUAAUUGGGGAGCGUGACAUUGGCUUGGAGUGA